CUCUUUCUUACAAUCUGAUUUCCCGCAAAACUAUUGUUACAAGAAAUGUGAAUUGCACAUUGACGCAUCGCAAAUCCUGGACCUCCUGUUAUUACCCCGCUCCCCACCAUAACUGCCCCGCCAUCUCACCAACGGGAUUCCAAGCUUGUGUUCUGGAGUUCCCAUUAAUAACAUCACCGCGCCGCUGAACUCUCGACCAAAAACAACCUACGGACCGACCAGCCAUCUCGACAUCCUGUCCGCACCCGCCGUUUCUUUGACGCAACGCCGCGACAAAUCACAGCGACUAAGCGCUCUUUACAUUCUGAAAACAGCGCACCUCGAGCGCUGCUUCCUCUCGUGCGGUCCAAAGUCGCCAAUUCGCCAAUUCUUCCCCAUUCCCCAGCCGUUAUGAUGCCCGGUGUCGUCGACCACUCAGCCACCUCUUCCGGCCGGCUACUCCUCAUCUCCAACCGCCUUCCAAUUACCAUCAAACGCACGGACAAUGGCCAAUACACGUUUUCCAUGUCCUCGGGCGGUCUCGUCACCGGCCUGAGCGGCCUGUCCAAAACCACCAGCUUCCAAUGGUACGGGUGGCCCGGUUUGGAGGUGCCCGAGGCCGAGGCCGGACCCAUGCGGGAGCAGCUGAAGGAACAGUACAACGCGAUUCCCGUGUUUGUCGACGACGAACUGGCCGAUCGGCACUACAACGGGUUUGCCAACUCGAUUCUGUGGCCUCUCUUCCACUAUCACCCCGGCGAAAUCACCUUCGACGAGUCCGCAUGGGCCGCAUACCGCGAGGUUAACCGGUUGUUUGCCCAGACUGUGAUUAAGGAUGUGCAGGAUGGCGACUUGGUCUGGGUGCACGAUUACCACUUGAUGCUGCUGCCCCAGAUGCUGCGCGAGGAAAUCGGCAAGUCCAAAAAGAACGUCAAGAUUGGCUUCUUCCUGCACACCCCCUUCCCCAGCAGUGAAAUCUACCGCAUCCUGCCCGUCCGCGAGCAAUUACUGCUGGGCAUCCUUGACUGCGACCUGAUCGGCUUCCACACGUACGAUUACGCGAGGCACUUCUUGAGCAGCUGCUCGAGGAUACUUUCCACCGCCACAACACCGAACGGUGUCGACUGGAACGGCAGGUUCGUGACGGUCGGCGCAUUCCCAAUCGGCAUCGACCCGGACAAGUUUGUCGAGGGCCUUAAGAAGGAGAGCGUGCAGAACCGCAUCGCUGCGCUCAAGAGAAAGUUUGAGGGUGUGAAGCUGAUUGUCGGCGUGGACCGCCUCGACUAUAUCAAGGGCGUACCCCAGAAGCUGCAUGCCUUGGAGGUGUUCCUGACCGAACACCCCGAGUGGAUCGGCAAGAUCGUGCUGGUGCAGGUGGCGGUGCCCAGCCGGCAGGACGUCGAGGAGUACCAGAACCUGCGGGCGGUGGUCAACGAGCUGGUCGGGCGCAUCAACGGCAAGUUCGGCACCAUCGAGUUCAUGCCGAUCCACUUCCUGCACCAGUCGGUCAGCUUCGACGAGCUCACGGCCCUCUAUGCUGUUAGCGACGUGUGCCUCGUGAGCUCCACGCGCGACGGCAUGAACCUGGUCUCGUACGAGUACAUCGCGACGCAGCGCGAGCGCCACGGCGUUAUGAUCCUGUCCGAGUUCACGGGAGCCGCCCAGAGCCUCAACGGCAGCCUCAUCGUCAACCCGUGGAACACGGAAGAGCUCGCCAACGCCAUCCAUGACGCCGUCACCAUGUCGCCGGAACAACGCGAGGCCAACUUCCGCAAGCUGGAGCGCUACGUCUUCAAGUACACCAGCGCCUGGUGGGGCCAGAGCUUCGUCACGGAGCUGACGCGCAUCAGCGCUGCUGACGAGUCCAAGGAAGACAAAGGGACCAGCUCGGCCAAGCGGGCGCUGAGGAAUGCGGCUGACGAUGUUGGCGACGUAGCCAACCAGGCCAUUCACGGGGCGCAAGAAGCCGUUGGCGGCGGUUCGGAUGAAAAGAAGGAGUCGGAGUGAAGCGGGAAGGAGGGGCCCCAGCAUGGGUAUCGCUCGAAGGUUUUCACGCCACUUACUCAAUAAGGUAUUUAUUUGUCUCUUUGUGCCAGAGACGCCGUGGAGCCUACGAGGAGAGUCGAAGUAGGCACGGAUAACCACUGGUGUCUUGCAGAUCUCACAACAGGCAUCGGAAAGCGGUUGAUUGGUUGGUUACGAGGAUCCUCUGUACGGGAUAAUGAAAUCAUUCGAGAGCGUUGUGAUUCGGUUUUUUUUUUUUUUUGUUUCUUGUUUUCAUUGUCAGUUAUCUGGUAUUGCUUCGAGGAUAAUUCCACGAAUUCUCUGCGGUCUGAUGCAACCGUCGUCUUGGGAGAGUGCCCUGCGCACCGCCAGAGGCCGCACAAGUGACAUCGUUUGGAGGCUGAGUUUGGGAUUCACGAUGACACGCCAACAUGAUACGAAGAUUUUCUGUCG